AUGCAGGGUCUUACGCCCCCUAGACGGUCGACAAGUCCACCGCGCAGGCGCAGGGCUUGCAUCCCAUGCACGAAUGCUAAAGCGCGCUGUAAUUUCACCGACACCGACGGCGUCGCUGACGACGCCGUCUGCGAGAGAUGUGAGAGGAUAGGAAUUAGGUGCACUGCCAAGACCACACAGAGUCUCCGGAAACCACGGCUUGUAAAACCGCUCAACAACCGUGUCGCGUCUCUGGAAGAGCGUCUCGAUGCAUUGACGACGGCCAUUGAGACGCAAAAUGCCCUCACUUCGCGCAGCUUGGCCAUUGCCGGCCCGUCUGCUGCUGUCCCGACGCCCAGCCAAGCCGCCGCGCCGACCCCGGCCAUCCCUCCGGUGUCAUCGCCCGCGAGCACCUCGACGUCCAAACCGUCGCCCGCCGCCGCGCCGCGCCAGGACUCGGCCAGCUGGCCGUCAGCCGCCCGGCAGCCGCCCCUGGGCCUUACCUGGCCACAGGCGGAGCGGAUCCUGGCCAUCUACCGCGAGACCUGUCUCUACAACUUUCCCUUUGUGUGGAUUCCCGGCCACAUGACGGCACAGGAGCUGUGCGAGUCCAAGCCGUGCCUGUUCCGGGCGGUCAUGCUCUCCUCGGCCCCCUUGCCAGUCGCGCGGCUGAAAAAGAUGAAGCGCAAUGUCAUUGCCUACAUAAGCCAGCACAUGCUGGUGGAGGAGGAGCGAAGUCUCGACGUGUUGCAGGGCUUACUCAUUGUGAUUGCUUGGGCGGAUCUUCAAAGUCUAUACGACCAGCAAAUUACGAAUCUCACAUAUUUGGCCACGGGCUUCGCACACAACUUGGGCAUCACCAAGAUACCGCGGGAGCUGCUCAAGCAAAUCGGAAUGGAUAAUGCGCCAGAUGAUGUGAGAGCGGCCAAGGACAUCAACGUUCCCAAGGCGCCAUCGUCGGACGAGAUGCGCGCGUUUCUUGGUGUCUACUACUUAUUAUCAGUGUACGUAGAAUCGCUGGUUGUUGAACUUUACGUCGACUUUUGCGCCGACGCCCUCGCCCAGGCCGGCGAGUACCCGUCCGACUUUCUGCUGCAGCAAGUCGUGCGGCUGAUGCAAAUCGAGGACCGCAUCUCCGAGUUCUUCGGCUCGGCCAACGACACGGCCCGCGGGCGGCCCUUUCUCUUCCUCGUCGACGAGAACGUCACGACGCUGCGCGCCGAGCUCGACACGGUCCUCGAGUCGCUCACCUACGCCGAGCUGGCCCAGCGCAUGCCGCACUGCUCCCCCGACCAGAUCGACCACUUUGCGCGCUACUUUGAGCUCACGCGGCAGUACCUCCUCGUCCGCCUGUACGAGCCCGCCACCUACCUCGGCGACGACGUGCCGGCGCCGGCGGGCGCCGACCCUGGCAGCGGCCAGCACCGCUACCGCGCCACGGCGCUGCACAACUGCCUCGUCGCCGCCAACAGCUUCUUCGAGACGGUCACGACGGUGCCGGCCACGAGCGCGCGCUUCCAGGCGCUCGCGGCCCCGGGCCAGACGGGCUUCGUCAUGGUCAUUUGCUCGCGGCUGCUCGUCGUCGACGCGCCCGACUGGGACGCGGCCGCCGCGCGCCGCGUCCUCGACUUCUCCGGCUUCCUCGCCAACAUCAUCGGCCGCCUCGAGGGCGCCGAGGCGCGCCGCCGCGCCACCGUGGAGCACUUUGUGCGCGAGACGCGUGUCCUCGGCGUCUCCCAGGAGGAAAUGGACGAGCCCGGCCGGUACGCCGGCUCCUCGCACAAGACCGCCUACAUCAAGACGUGGUACGAGAACCGCCUGCGGCAGAUGGACGAGGCGGCCGCGACGGGUGCCGCGGGCGGGCGGGGCGCUGCUGCACCCGAGGAGGUCGAGGAGCCCAUGUAUAUGGAGGAGAGGCUCCUGGGGCGUCCGUGGUUCCGGCUCGCGAGCAACGCCGGGCCGCGCUGGUUCGUCGGGCUCUUGGAGGGCUCGGCGUGGAACUUUGACGAUGUGCAGAUGAACAACACAAGCCAGUGA